AUGGCCCGUACCACCGCCGGCACUGCAUCAACGGGCUCAACAGUGCGCAUGUCGCAUGACCCUGUCACCUUUCCUACAGAUACUCCCAACUUCAUUGAUAACGAGUUUUUAUCCUCCAAGGCUACCAAGUGGAUUCCGCUCUGUGAUCCCGCAACGAACAACCUCAUCACCCGUGUCCCACAGUCCACUCCCGAGAAACUCUCCGCAGCACAGAUAAUGUUCCGCUUCACGCAUUUCAUCAAAGAAAACCACGACCGCCUAGCCGCUUCAAUCACUUUGGAACAAGGGAAAACCUUCAAGGAUGCCCGAGGAGACGUCCUACGUGGACUACAGGUGGCUGAAACAGCCUGUGGUAUUACUACCCAGCUCCCAGGAGAGGUUCUCGAAGUUGCUCGAGACAUGGAAACAAGAAGCUAUCGAGAACCUCUUGGUGUUGUCGCUGCUAUCUGUCCAUUCAACUUUCCCGCCAUGAUUCCUCUCUGGUGUAUUCCGAUUGCGGUUGUUACCGGAAACACGAUGAUAUUGAAGCCAUCGGAAAGAGACCCAGGUGCUGCUUUGAUUCUCGCCGAACUUGCCCGGGAGGCAGGUUUUCCUAAAGGAGUCUUGAACGUCGUGCAUGGGUCUGUGGAUAUCGUAAACUUCAUUCUUGAUGAGCCUGUUAUCCGCGCUAUUAGUUUUGUCGGUAGCAAUCGUGCUGGCGAGUACAUUUACGCCAGGGGUUCAGCCAAUGGGAAGCGUGUGCAGGCCAAUCUUGGUGCAAAGAAUCAUGCUGUGCUCCUGCCAGAUGCAGACAAAGGUGCCGCUCUAGAUGCUAUUGUGGGUGCUGCUUUCGGAGCUGCCGGGCAGCGGUGUAUGGCACUGAGCGUACUUGUUACUGUUGGUGAUAGUGCUAGUUGGAUACCUGGACUGGUUGAGAAAGCACGAGCUCUGGUAGUAUCCGCCGGUUUCGAGAAGAAUGCCGACGUCGGUCCGGUUAUCAGUCCCCAAAGCAAAGCUAGGAUUGAAUCUCUUAUCGCCAGUGCCGAAACUGACGGGGCCACAGUCGUCCUAGACGGCCGAGGGUACAAGCCAGAGAAAUACCAAAAUGGAAACUUCGUGGCGCCAACAGUGAUAACUAACGUCAAAACGAAUAUGAAAUGUUACAGAGAAGAGAUAUUUGGCCCUGUGCUGGUUUGUAUUUCUGUACAGACUCUCGAAGAAGCCAUUCAACUUCUUAACGCAAAUGAGUAUGGAAAUGGGGCAUGUCUUUUCACCAAGUCGGGCGUGUCCACUUCAUACUUCCAAAAGAAUGUUGAAGCAGGGCAAGUCGGUAUCAAUGUUCCGCUGCCUGUCCCGCUUCCCAUGUUCUCCUUCACUGGGAACAAGAAGAGCAUUGCAGGGGGAGGAGCAAACACAUUCUAUGGAAAGCCUGGAGUGGCAUUCUACACUCAGCAAAAGACGGUGACUAGUCUUUGGCGAGAGAAUGUCGAUGCUGGCAAACAGGUUGUCAUGCCAUCUCACCUGUGA